UCCGUACGAUGUAGUUGAGAGCAAGCCUGUCUCGUCUCUCGUAAUUGUCACUCUGGAAUCUGUUAGUUUUGGAUAUUCCUCUCACUAGCUAUCGCAUUGUCCUAGUUUCGAGCUGGAGACGCCCUCUACCGGUGACAUCAUCUCAUCAUGGCCUCCGCAACAGGCAUACCAGAACAACAUCCCACAACAGUCGAGGCUCGAGAGGACGAGCCUUUGCUGGGAACUCCAGGAGCUGUCACUCAGAAGGAAGGAGUCGGAAUCCAUCAUAAUCUUAUUACAGGAACAGCAACAGUUGCGCAGGCUGGCAUAUGGAUUUUGGUUGCCCUCGUCUGGUCGGGCAUCUUCUCUCACCCGUUGAUCUUCUUCUCUGCCCAUCCGCUCCUUAACUCCUCCGCAAUCCUCCUUCAGGUGCAGGCAAUCCUUACCUUGCAACCAACAGCAACCCCCAAACAGAAGAGGAUCGGAACGAGGGUGCAUUUUAGCCUGCUGGCGAUCAGCAAUCUCUCCUUCAUCGCAGCCCUCACCAUAAUUGAGAUCAACAAGGGUGAUCACCCGCGAUUCACCUCGGUCCAUGCCAUCCUGGGCCUGGUGACAUACAUCCUCAUUGCGCUACAAGCAUCCGUCGGCAUCAUCCAGUAUUUCUUCCCGUCUCAGAUCCUCGGCAGCGUUGAACGGGGAAAGAAGAUCUACAAAUACCAUCGCCUUUUCGGAUAUUUUCUGCUAGUUCUGGAGCUUGCGACGGUCGCAGCGGCGACGCAGACUACUUAUAAUCAGGCCGUCUUGGGCAUCCAGCUCUGGGCCGUCCUAGUUGCUUCUGUGCUGGUGAUUCUGGGCGUUGGAGCGCGCAUCAAGAAGCACAAGCUGGGUUUCUAAUUUCCGCGCGGUUCAACGCUGAGGUUGUGCUGGGCAUGAGUAUAAAACGGCCUGAAUAUGAAUACAGCCCGAUCGACAAGGGAAUUUAUGAGAAAUGAAUACGUGGU